AUGCACACGCUAUCAUAUUUUGAUGUUUUUCUACCACAUGUACAGAUGGCUUCUUCAAAUCCAUUUCUCGGCGGAAUGGUGGAAAAUAGUCAGGCUCGGCUCUGGUCUCAACAAUGGCUUGAACUUCUUCAGCAGAGCUCAGCAGCUGCUCAUUUUGGCGAGGCAGCAGCCGGCCUCUUUCUCCAACCAUUUCGCAAAUCAAAACGUAUCCGAACGGCUUUCAGUCCCGCGCAACUCGUUCAAUUGGAAAAGGCCUUUGAAUCGAAUCAUUAUGUGGUGGGAACGGAAAGGAAACAGUUGGCCUCUCGGUUGAGUCUCUCCGAAACACAGGUGAAAGUCUGGUUUCAAAAUCGUCGCACCAAGCACAAAAGAGUGAGAAAUGAGGGUGAGGGGAAAAGCGAGGCCACCAGAGAGAACACACCCGAGAUCGCAGUGGAGAAGACAACGAUUGGCCGAGCAUCGUUGAGUCUCAAUGAUCAGCCCGAUUCGCCGACUUCUGAGCCCACCAUGCCCACUGUGCCCCAACUUUCCGCGCAUCAAAGUGUGCUCAUGUUUCUUCAAUCGCAGGCGAAUCAA